AAGAGCACUACUGGAAAGCCCAACAACGUCUCGUCACUGUAUAACCCUCUCUAGACUUUCAGACCCGCUUCUUGGAGCUCAUCUCUCAAGCCUUUGAGAUAUGUCCCAACCUCACCAACAUUGUGUUUGCCCCGCCACAGCCACAGGAGCUGAUACUUCGCAACAAACUUGACAUCUUCCAGGAGAUCCAUCCGCAUGGGGGCUCCUGGGCCGGCAUCAGAUCACACGAUCCAUCUGGUUUCGGCAUGGUUGAACUCCUGGAAGUUGCGAGUCACCAGAAAGCCGGGUUGAAUUCCCUGAUGAUCAUCGAUUUGCCUUUUGGCUGCGAUGAUUACAACGAGACAGGAUACCUCGACUCUCUUGCACGCCUCAAGCAUAUUCGCAUCGGCUGGAACCGACUAGGUUCCAACCCAGGAACCAAAUUCGGUUUCGAUCUUGAGGACGCACUAAGCGAAGCGCACUCUCUGGAGACUUUCUGGAUAGGUUUUGCGCCUCUCGCUCGCACACAGGAGUAUGUGGGUAGCGAUAUGCUGGACGCUAUGGUCAUGAAAGGCCUGCGGGAUGUCAUGCUCAGCAACAUCUCUGUAUCUGAAGACUCAAUAGUUGCGUUUUUGGUGCGUCACGGCCAUUCUUUGCGACAUCUGUCUCUCGGCAUCACCAUCAGCGAUGGAAGCUGGGUCUCUGUCUUCAGACGUACCUCACUCCAGAUGAAGGUCCUCACGCAGAUACAGCUUGCUGGUAUGAUUGAGAAGAUUGAGGGAGUUCCCAUGACGUUCUCGCCUCGCUGGUGCUCAGAAGCCAUGGAUUGUAUGCUUCGCGGUACUGAACUAUCCGAGCCUGAGUGCUACACCCUGGAUAAGGGAUUCGAAGAAUACGAUCCCUUUGCAUAUGGAUGUGAAGGUCCUAGAAGAAGUGAUGGUCCCCCCGAGAACGGAUUGUGGGAGGAUUUCGACGGCAAUGUCAACUUCUGUUUCUGAAGCGUUCUAAUGUAGUAAUUGACUGUUACGGAAGCGAGGAGUUAUGCGGAAAGCUAUGGCAACAUGAGAACGGGUAGGGGCGCGGUAGAAACAUCGCGCAUGGCUGGAACUUAUGUCAUACAACUAGCUUCACACGGAUCGGGGAAUUGCUUCUUAGCUAGUAUCAAUGGCUCCGGGCAGCACAGAGGUUUCAGAUGAGUAGCUACAUGCGUAUCAACAUCAAUUCAAGAAGGGCUGAGACUAAACACGCGGUCCGGCGGCUCCUAUCUCCAAGAAUGGUCAGAUAUACCGACCCUGACUUGCAUCGAUACUGAUCCAAGACUUUUUGUAGCUAGUUCUCACGUAUCGUCUACUACGUCGGUGAGAAUAUGGUAAAGAGGACAAUUAGAGUCACACUUAG